GCCGUGUGUCUAUCCAGACCCCCCCUCACUUCUCCGUGUCUGCGCGUCCCUCCCUUGCUCGCUCCUUCCCUCUCUCUCUCUUAUAAAUAGCAUCAGCUGAUCGCGUUGCCACUCUCACUCACAGGAGGGCAGAGAGACGCGAGGAGGAGAGCAGAGAGGAGGACACAGACAGAGAAAAGGGGGAUGAGGAGGAGGAGGAUGCUGCUCAUCUCUCUGGCUGUGCGGAAUCUUCACCAGUGUGGAGCCGGAAGGUCGAUUGUUUGCAGGAAUUAAGGACUGCGGAGGCGAGCUGUCCGACAUUGCUUCCACAUUUUCAUUCUGUUCCACCUGGAUCCUCCUCUUUUUUCUCCUCCUAAUCUCUCCAGCAGGAUUCGGUGCGUGUGUGUUUUUGUGUUGCUGCGCGGCUCCUGACGGGAGCUGUCCGGUGCUGAAGUUGCAUUUCUCCUCCUGCGCGCGGACGAAGCCUUCGAGACUUAGGAGAAUUUACACUACACUGCUCCACGGACCGUCUUCUUCCCCACGCUGCCCAGGGUGGCCCGUCGAGUUUGGGUGCUGUUGUGAGAGUGGGUGAUAGUGUGCCUGAUUGCUGUCCCACACCAUGCCGAGGUCUUUCCUGGUGAAGAAGGUGAAAGUAGAUGAUUUCUCCACUGGGGCUGAUCUGGAAAACGCCUACCGGCCCAGGACAGAGCUCAGCCUGCGGCUCCAUGACAAAGCUGGUUACAUCAGUGACUACAUCAGCCCAGGGGUCUAUGAUGGCGAGAGCGACAGUGGGAUCAAGGUGCCCUCUCCUGACCCCUUGUACGACGGCAUCCACAGCGACUACGGAGCGCCUGACUCAGAGUCUCCCGACAGCCCCGGAUCAGAAAUCACCGACGGUUACAUCAAUGGUGAUGCGGCUGUGAGCGAGGGUUACACGGUCGAUGCCUUCUUCAUCACCGACGGCCGUUCGAGAAGAAAAGCUCUCGGCAGCCCCAGAACCAUCCAGAGGCACACAUGCAACGAGUGUGGCAAAACGUACGCCACGUCUUCCAACCUGAGUCGGCACAAACAGACACACCGCUCGCUGGACAGCAAGCUGGCAAAGAAAUGCCCGACCUGCGGGAAGGUCUACGUGUCCAUGCCUGCCAUGGCCAUGCACCUGCUCACCCACGACCUCAAGCACAAGUGUGACGUGUGUGGGAAAGCCUUCAGUCGACCGUGGCUGCUGCAGGGCCACAUGCGCUCUCACACAGGCGAGAAGCCCUUCGGCUGCGCCCACUGCGGGAAGGCGUUUGCCGACCGCUCAAACCUGCGCGCUCACAUGCAGACCCACUCCGCCUUCAAACACUUCAAGUGCAAACGCUGCGACAAGACCUUCGCGCUCAAGAGUUACCUGAACAAGCACUACGAGUCGGCCUGCUUCAAAUGCCCCUUUUCCCCCCUGGGCCCGCUGGAUGCAUGACCCUAGCACAGACAAAAUAGCAAACUGCAGGCGGACUGGAACAGCGACACGGACUCUGCUGCAGAUGUGAACAAUCUAUUUUUGGUCAGAAUACGACCACGCUUUCCCUCCACGCUCACCUUCCCCGAUCUCGCUUCCCCUCAGCGCCAAUUCAUGAUGAUGAAAAUAGCACAAUUUUUCUCCUUGAGAUUUGCCCACUUAAGGAUUUAAAGCAUGCACUUCCUCGAAGCCCCUUCACCUCCUUCUUCCUCCUCUGUCUUUUGGAUAGAGACAAUAAUAUACUUGGCUUCCUUCUGGCAUCUAGGUACACAAGUGGAUGAUGAGGAUGAUGAUGAUGAUGAUGAUGAUGAUGACAAAGACAAUGGUGAUCUUUGAGCUGCUGGCUUCCUCCCUGCACUGAAACACAUGAGGAAAACGUUUUUCAUUUUGUUCUUAGAGGAAAUAAUAAUUGUUAUAGUAAUAAUGAUGAUCAUGCUGCACCAAGUGACCAUAUGUUCUCCACGACUGAGGUAAAACCUUAUUAUUUAUUUAUUUAUUUAUUUAUUUAUUGACUUGAAUACUGAAUUACCUUUUAAUAAUUUCAAAACAUUGCUUUACGUUCAUACUUGAAUUAAGGGUAAUUGUUUUAUUUCAUUUAUUUAUUUGCACUUUUAUGUGUCUCAAUAUUUGCCAAGCUAUUUUUUAUCACUGGAGGCCAAAGCAUUUGUCACUUUUGAACUACCUUUCCUUUCUUUUGCUAUUACAUUUUUUAAGACUUUUUUAUUGUUUACUUGUUGCAUGCAAAAAAGAAAUAUGACGUAUAUAUAUAUAUAUAUAUAUAUAUAUAUAUAUA